AAACUUAACAAAAGUCCUUAUUGGUGGGAAACUUCAGCUGGUCACAUGUACUUACUGUACUUUUUCAGUCAUGAGAUUCCCUAUAUCAUAAAUAUCAGAAAGAGUACAUCAGUUACAGUUUUACCGGACUGUGUGACUAAGCAACUUAUCCUGAGAAAAAUAUCCUGAAAGAAGUUUGGAUCAUUAACUAACCACAAUACACCUAAGCCUGAAGGUUCUCUGGUUGGACUUAAACGUAUGAUUUAAGGAGCGCUUUUGAAAAUUGUUGCACUUAAGCAUUUACCAUGGCUCGACAUAAUGGAUGGACUGUUAACACUGCUGUGGAGGAUGAGGAGGAGGAAGAAGUACCACUGCUGGAUAAUGAAGCAGCACAACCUAAAAAUUAUGAAGUGUCUUCUCAGUGCUGCUCUGUGCGAUACAACCUAGCCUUCCUGAUGUUCCUGGGUUUCGCUGUAGUGUACGGGCUACGGGUCAAUCUCAGUGUUGCCAUGGUUGCCAUGGUGAAUAUAACUGGUACGCAGCCAUCUCACAAUACCAAUGAAUCAAAUGAGUGCCCAGCAUCUUCUACUACCUCAAACAGCAGCAACCAAAUUCCCGAUCAGCCAGAUGGGGUACCAAGAUACCCAUGGAAUCCUCAGACACAGGGAAUGCUGCUGGGAGCAUUCUUUUUUGGCUACCUUUUCACUCAGAUCCCUGGGGGAUACCUGUCAGGUCGCUGUGGUGGGAGUAAGUUCCUGGGAGGAGGAGUUUUAGGUACAGCAAUUCUCACCAUCCUCACCCCUUGGGCUGCUGAAUAUGGGGUUAAUUGGCUGUUCGCUCUAAGGGCUCUUGAGGGUUUUGGUGAGGGUGUGACAUUCCCUGCCAUGAUGGCUAUGUGGGCUUGCUGGGCCCCUCCAUUGGAACGAGCUCGUCUGAUGACGAUCUCUGGGGCAGGAGGAAAUUUUGGUGCUUUUAUUGCUUUCCCUCUCACAGGCUUCAUAUGUCACAGCCUGGGCUGGCCUGCAGUCUUCUACUGGUGUGGGGGAGCAGGAUGUCUGUGGGCAGUGCUGUGGUUCAUCAUGGUGUCAGAUGAACCUCGCUUACAUCCAAGAAUAAGUGACCAGGAAAAAGAAUACAUUGUCAACUCGAUAGGUUCUGAGGGAGGCACCCAUGGUUGGUCAGUGCCACUGUUGGCCAUGGCAUGCUCAGGCCCUCUCUGGGCCAUCAUCAUAUCACAGAUGUGUUCUAACUGGUAUUACUACACACUGCUUACCUCCCUGCCUACUUACAUGGACACAGUGCUGCACUUUGACCUACGCCAGAACGGCUUCCUGUCAGCGCUACCCUACUUAGGCAGCUGGUUGUUUUCCGUGCUCUCUGGUGUGGUCGCAGACUACCUUUUGGAGAAAAGGAUACUAAGUGUAACUGCUAUCCGCAAAAUCUUCACUAUUGCCGGUUUGGUUGUUCCAGCGAUUUUCCUGAUUGCUGUCGUAUUCUCUGGGUGCAGUGGCGUCCUGGCUGUUACUUUUCUCACGUUAUCCAACACAUUUGGGGGCAUCAGCGCAGCUGGAGUCUUCAUUAACCAGAUGGAUAUUGCUCCUCAGUAUGCUGGCAUACUGCUCGGGAUCACCAACACUUUUGGCACUAUCCCAGGAAUACUUGCACCAAUUGCAGUGGGUCAACUUGUCAAAGAUCAAUCUCUGACAGGCUGGAUGAACGUCUUCUAUUUGUCAGCAGGAGUGAGUGUAUUUGGAGCCUUAUACUUCACACUGUUUGGCUCUGGAAAGAUCCAACCUUGGGCACUAAGGGAGAAGCUGACAGAAACAGAGACAGAGGAAAGGGACUAAACAUGUUUUGAAAAUACAAAGUAUUAAGUGAUUCACUUAAAUAUUUAAUUUUUUUAAUGACUUCUAUUAGUUUGUUUUUAAUAUGAUACUUGAAAAAUGCAAUAUAAAAAGAGAAUAUGGGAAAACAAUAAUGUCAUUUGAAAAAUGUGAUAAUUUGUUUUAAAACUUGAUGUUUGUCUUAUUUAGUAUACUUAAUAAUAUGGUUAAGGUUUAUCUGAAAAUAAGGACCAGACCAUGGGAAUAACUGUUACCUCUUAUAAUUAUGAAAUGUCUAUACAUUAUAUUAAUUACAGUUACAGUUAGCUUUGACCGAGGCAUUACAUGAGUGGUGAUAUAGAGCAUAACAGCAAUGGGUUAUUUAACUGUAUGUAUAACUUCAUGUCACGGGUGUUCUAACAAUUGUUAAUUACACUAAAUGCCAGUAUGGGUGAAAGUAGGUCUGCAGUACUAGAAAGAGGGAAGAGCAGCUGCCUCCCAAAAAGCACAUUCAAAUCUUGUCACGUACGCACUUUCAGAAAGAAAACGUUGAAAACGUCUGAUAACGUUGUGUCCUUGUGUUAACCAUGUUCAUGGUUAACGCAAGCUACAAAGCUAACUAGCUUCUAAUACAAGGCUAAAUCCCAAAUCCCUCUCUAAUCUCUGAUGAAAGGUACUUCUUUGUGUUUGGAACAAGAGAUUUUAUCUUACACUCUAUGUAGCGCACAAACCUGAGACUCAAACCCAGAACCUCGAAGUUAGCUGAUGAAUUCCAGUUAGCUGGAAUACGUUUUUUGGAAUCGUCAACCACCUCCAUGGUUUAAUUUCCAUAGCUUUUGGCUACCUAUAAACAAUAAAAAAAAAUUAUACUACUUUCACCCCUUUUAAUUACACCAGCUGUUGGUCAUGAGCUCUGCCAGUCAUGGAAGGAUAUGUUUUUGCAGUGCAAAAUAAUCAUAUAAACAAACAGAUCAUAAUCUGUUGAUAAUAACGCGCCCUCAUCACAACCAUGUCGACAUCGAGUACAACAGCACUUUCUCUCAUGUGAUAUUUCUUAAUUAUAGAAAAUCUUACUUAACGCCAGCACCAUGUUUACCUGUAAUUUUUAAACCCCAAAUCCAAUUUGUAUGCAUUUAUAGAACGGUUAAUUUACAAACUUUUACAAAAUGUAUAUUAUGCAAUUAUUUUAAGAUCCUGUUGAUACUAUUUUAAGAAACACUUGUAGCAUAAAAAUAUUCAAAGUUUGCAAACAAUUUUAAAUGUUUUAUUUCAUAAAUCUGCUGUAUGAAAA